GCUUUAAGAAGUUGGGAAAUCACAAAACUGAAAACAUUAACUAUUAAGACAGGCGUCCGUACACCGGAGAGCGAAAACACGGGAGUUCGUUUUGUAGUUUUGUUUAUUUGAAACAGUUUCUCACUUUAACUUAUAAUGGCCGACGUUUUAGACUUGAACGCUGAAGACUUCGUGGAAGAAGAUGACGAAGGAGUCUCAAAACUUAAAGAUAAAGCAAGAAGAAGGAAGGGACGUGGUUUUGAUGACAGGUCUAAAAGAGAUGAUAUUAAAGAUGAAGAGAUGGAAUUUGAUUCUGUUGAUCAAAAUGAUGAUGAUGGCCCUGGACCUCAAAGAUCUGUUGAAGGUUGGAUUUUAUUCAUUUCUUCUUUACACGAAGAAGCACAAGAAGAUGAUUUACAUGAUAAAUUUGCUGAAUUUGGAAAAAUUAAAAAUCUGCAUUUAAAUUUGGACCGUAGAACUGGAUUUUUAAAAGGUUAUGCAUUAGUUGAAUAUGAGUCAUAUAAGGAAGCAUCUAGAGCACGUGAAGGACUUAAUAAUACGGAUAUUUUGGGACAACAAAUAAGUGUAGAUUGGUGCUUUGUAAAAGGAGCUAAAAGGAUUAAAAAGUCAAGACGUCGUAUGGCUAAUUAUUAAUCAAGUAAUUGAAACUCAAGACACGUAAUAAAAACUCAAAUAUUCUAGUUUUAUUUUUUUUUAUUUUUUUUUUUGUAAUACAUUUAAUAAUACCAAAAACAAUUUUUUCAUGACUUAAAGAAAAUGUAAGUGUUUUAAUUUAUUUGUUGUUAAAUCAAUAUUUUAUAAGGACAAAUUAAACAAAAAAAAAUAAUAAAAGAAUAAUUUAAGAUAAAACAAAA